CUGGGAAGUAAACACUUGUUAUCAUGCUCUUUUUGAGCAAAAUGAAGAUGGUGUCUUCUGGGUUUCUGUUAUAGCAAGAACAGCAUUUAGUACAAUAGCUAUCCCCACUAUAAUGAGUGAGUACUGUGCAUUUACCCUUGCAGUUUGUGACAUUCUGCUUAAUCCUUGCUCACAAAAUAUAUUGUGCAAGGAAUCACGUAUGAGAUAUAGGAUUAACCAAUAUUUGAGCAAUUUUAAAAGUAGCAGUAGUCCCUCCCAUGAAUCAGCCAAUAACAUAUUAAAUAACGAAAAUAGGCGUAAUGAACCAUCAAGAGAGGCUUCGCCUCAGCAUACUAAAGCCGAAAGCGAAUCUCCUGCUCCAAGAAGCUCAUUUAUGUCUCAAGAAGAGAUGGAUGAAUUGUUUGAACUCGAUCUAUAG